AUGUUAUAUGAAGGGGUUUUCAAGAGGUAUCCGGAGGCCCAGAGCACUGCGGAAGAGUGCUACGCUGUGGAUGCAUAUCGCUACACGGCCACCAAUGGACUCGUGCAGCGGCAACUGACAGAGCGCGCGCUGCGGCUGGCGCGCGGAAGCAGUAGCGGCGGUGGCAUUUCUGCCUGUCAGCCGUCACCCUGGGCGCCUGGAUCCUUGGUGCUCGACGUCGGUUGCGGCAGCGGCCUCAGCGGCGCAGCCUUGGAGCGUGACGGGCUCGUUUGGGUAGGGGCGGACCUGUCCCCAGAAAUGCUCCAGCUUGCGGCUCCCGGCGCCGUCUGCCUGUCGGACAUUGGGCAGGGGCUGCCGCUCAGGGCGGCGGCGGUGGACGCCGCAGUGUCCGUUUCUGCGGUGCAGUGGCUGCUCCAAGGGCCAGACAGCGCGCGGCGGCUAGCGGCCUUCUUCCGCGCUCUGCACUCUGUCAUCCGCCCCGAUUCGAUUGGGCCUAAAUGUGGGGACGAGCAGCAGGCCGGACAAGGGCAGCAGCAGCAGCAGCAACAGCAGCGGCAGCAGCCGCAGCAGCAGCAGCUACAGCAACAACAGCCGGAGCAGGAGCAGAACCUCCAGCACCAAGAGCGCAAGACUCAGGGGCAGCAGCCACAGGGAGAACAGCAGCCAGAUCAUCAUCAUCAUCAGCAGCAGCCAGAUCAUCAUCAUCAUCAUCAUCAUCAGCAGCAGCAGCAGCAGCAGCAUCGUCCGCCAAUCCACGCUGCCCUGCAGGUCUACGUGCCCAGCGCCGACGCGGCCGCCAUGCUGGAGGGCGCGGCGCGCACGGCCGGCUUCGACACCGCCCUCGUGGCUGACUGGCCACACCGCACGCCGGCGAGAAAGUACUACCUGCUGCUCUCAAGGCGCGGCGGCGGAGGCAGGGGCGGCGGCAGUGGCGGCGGCGGCGGCGGCAGCGAUGGCGGCGGCGGCAGUGGCGGCAGUGGCGGCAGUGUCAGCAGCGGCCACAGGCGCGGCAGAGGGGGGGCUGAAGUGGGAGUCGACCUCGUCACGGAUUGCGCCUGCCCGCUGGCGUUUUAUGUGGGCGGCACCUGCAGCGCCAACUGGCUGGGGCCCGCCGCACGCGCCCGCGCUGGCGUGGGCGGGCGCGCCGCGCGGCCGCCGCGGCGGACCGGUGGGCAGCGCGUCGGCGGCGUCGGGGAGGGCCGGGCCGAGGGCGAGGGGGAUGGCAAUGGCGCUGACGAGGACGCUGACGAGGACGCUGAGGUGUGCAGGUACGUGUCCGACCACCAUGGCCGGUACAUGCGCAAGCUCCUGCGCCUCACAUGGGGCGGCGCGGCGGCGCGGGGCCUGCUGGACGCCUGCUUGUUUGCGGAGGGCGCCGUCGCCGGCGCCGCCAUGGGCGGAGGGCGCUGCUCAGUGUGCGGCGCGGCGGCCGCGCCGGCCGUCGACGGCAGGGACGGCGACGGCGGCGGCGCGGCGGGCGGCGACGGGCCUCCCGCGCCCGGGUGCCGCUGCCCCCACUUCAAGCUGCUUGUCAGCCUGGAGAGCCCGGGAGCCAGCGCCUGCGGCGAGGAGCUGCUGCUGCAGGUGGCGGGCCGCGCCGACAGGCUGGCAUGCCUGGGGAUUGAACCCGGGCUGCAGGCCGCAGAUUUUGAGCUGCCGCCGAGCACAGCUGAGUCGCUUGACGUCAGCGGCGGCGGCGCCGCGCCCAGUGGUGGUGCACCCACCGGCGGAGGUAGCGCUCGACAAGAGGCGGCCGCUAGCAGCCGCGCGGCCCGCGCGGCGGCGGCCGCGGCGGCGGAGGCGGCAGCUGCCGCGGGCAAGCGGGCCGGGCUCGCCCUCUGCGCGGCGCUGGGCAACGCGCUGCCGGCGGCCGUCGGCGCCGCGCCGCGGCUGCUGCAGUGCGAGCUGCUGACAGGGGAGGGCCUGCGGCGGCAGCUGCGAGACCAACGGCGGCGCUGCGAGAAGCAGCCGGCGAAGCGGCCGCGCGACGGGGGGCGCUGCCGGGGGGAGCGCGCCGCGCCCGGGCUCGAGCCGCUGCUGCCGCCGCAACCGUUGCGCCCGGCGGCCGGCGGCGGCGCCGCGGCGCAGGCCGGCGCGGCCGCCAACACUGUUGUCGACGGCGGCCCGCGCAGCAGCGACGGCGGCGGCGGUGGCGGGGGCAGCGGCCUGUCCGUCUGGGCGGUGGCCUCUGACGAUUUUUUGCCACACGCGGUCAUGCUGGCGGAGGGCCUGCCCGUGGCUCCAGCCGGCGGCGCCGCCGCCCUGGUCCUGCUAGGGGACCUCCUGGCCGCAGCCCGUGCCGUGGGCGCCGGCACGCACGGCCUACUCCUGCUGUUGGGGCCGGCGUCGUGCACAGCCGCGGCGGCGUGCUACCCGCGGGCGAGGGGGGCGGAGGCGGCGGGGGUCGCGCCCGGGCUCGUGGCCGAGGCAGCGGGGCGGUUGCGGUCGCGCCUGUUUGGGCUUGACGGCUGA